UCGCUCUCCCUACAUCAGCAGCAUCCAGACAGCAUCCUGGGACUUGCUUACGCUCCUAGCAUCUCUGGUCACAUGAGUGUGAAUUUUCUCUUCUCUUCAUUAGUCAGCCAUUUUGGUCACCACCCUACUUACUGCGCAGAACCAAUCCUACAAGAUCACAAGUGCCUCUGUUGUGCAGACCUGCUGCCCUCUUUGAACCUCUUGGAUUCCUGUUAUUGCCUUUCAUUGUCAUUUAUGUGCUUGGUGGGCGACUGCUUGGAAUUUGCACAAUCUAGCUUACUAGCUUUGACAAAGAUAAUCUUAGAACCUGGAGUUUGUGUUCUGAAAGGCAGGUUUGACGCAUGACAAUUGGCAUCAGAGCAGCAGGGAGGCGGAAGAGGCAGGGACUGUCCUCAGGAUUCCAGAGCGAACCAGAAAGGAAGAGCUUCCUUUCCGUAUUGGUGGAAAUCCAGAAACUGUAAGACCUUUCCUAGCUCUCUGCAUGUUGAUGGUGCCACUUUACGUCUGAGCUCAUUGCCUUCCUAACUUGUGCGACCAUCUUGGAUUGUUGGACGCUGUUGUUUUCUUUUUGGGUGGCUUUUGUAUCACCUGAGCCAUUAUGUCGGCUCUUACUCCUCAAAGCGACAUGCCAACCCCCACCACAGACAAGAUAACACAGGCUGCCAUGGAGACCAUCUACCUUUGCAAAUUCCGCGUCUCUAUGGAUGGCGAAUGGCUGUGCUUGCGCGAACUUGACGACAUCUCGCUUACGCCAGACCAUGAACCUAAUCCUGAAGAUCCCAAUUAUCUCAUGGCCAAUGAACGGAUGAAUCUGAUGAAUAUGGCAAAGUUGAGUAUAAAGGGCUUGAUCGAGUCUGCUCUGAAUCUGGGUCGGACUCUGGACUCUGAUUACGCACCUUUGCAGCAGUUCUUUGUGGUGAUGGAGCACUGCCUAAAACAUGGAUUAAAAGGUAAAAAGACGUUUCUGGGACAGAACAAAUCAUUCUGGGGACCCUUGGAACUGGUGGAAAAACUUGUACCAGAGGCAGCUGAGAUCACCGCCAGUGUAAAAGACCUACCUGGCCUCAGGACACCCGUGGGCAGAGGCCGGGCUUGGCUGCGUUUGGCUUUAAUGCAGAAAAAGCUCUCUGAGUACAUGAAAGCCCUAAUUAAUAGGAAGGAUCUCCUGAGUGAAUUCUAUGAGCCCAAUGCCCUAAUGAUGGAAGAGGAAGGGGCGAUCAUUUCUGGCCUUUUAGUUGGACUUAAUGUGAUUGAUGCAAAUUUUUGUAUGAAAGGGGAAGACCUUGAUUCACAGGUUGGAGUCAUUGAUUUUUCCAUGUACUUAAAAGAAGGUCCUAUUGCCAAAUCCAGUGAAGAAGAUGUCCAGAUAACGGCUAUUUUAGAUCAGAAGAAUUAUGUAGAGGAGCUUAACAGACAGUUAAGUGCCACCGUCAACAACCUGCAGACAAAGGUGGACGCAUUAGAAAAAUCCAACACCAAACUAACGGAAGAGCUUGCCGUGGCAAACAAUAGAAUCAUCACCAUGCAGGAGGAAAUGGAGAGGAUGAAAGAAGACAGUACAUACUUCUCCAAGGGUAACAAACAAGAGAGAACUGCAGAUGGACAAACUUUUACUGAAGUCAAGAAACAUUUGAAGGAAGAAACCCAGUUGAGACUGGACAUAGAGAAAGAACUGGAGGUCCAAAUAGGAAUGAGACAAGAGAUGGAAAUGGCUAUGAAGAUGCUGGAUAAAGACGUCUGUGACAAGCAAGAUGCUUUAGCAGCGCUCAGACAACAACUUGAUGAUCUCAGGGCUUUAAAGCACGAACUGUCCUUUAAACUUCAGAGCUCAGACUUGGCUUUGAAACAGAAGACGGAGUUAAACAGUCGCUUAGAAGAGAAAACCAAUCAGAUGGCCGCCACCGUCAAACAACUGGAGCAGAGAUUGAGAGUGUCAGAACGAGAUCGACUGGAGGCCGAGGAUGCCAACAGACUCUUCAAGCAAGAGUUUGGUGACAAGAUUGAGAGUCUGCAAAUAGAAGUGGAUCAGCUCCGAAAGCAGUGCUCUCAAUAUGAAGUGGAAUUGAAGAAAGAACCAAAACGAAGGGCUUCUGGCAAUCAAAAAGAGAAGGAACUGCCGGAAAAUAAAUACUCGCCAUUGAGAAUACCACAUCUUCUACAAAAAAACAUGAAUACACAAUUUAAAGUAGCUGAUGAAAAUGUGAGACAAGCUGUGAGCGAGACAAGCAGCACCACACAAAAGAAUACAGGAUCACCUUCAAUAAACACAGAGAGUGAGGAGCAGGAUGGUGAAAGGACAAUCCUUCAAAUGUGUCAGCUGUGUCGAGAAGAAUCCAGCAUUUUGCUUACCAAGAAUGAAUGCAAAAAUUGUGGUGGGAUAUUCUGUUCCACUUGUUCGUCAAAUGAAAUUCCUCUUCCAUCCUCCAUUAAUCCGGAACGAGUGUGUAAUCUCUGUUACAAGAGACUGAUACAGCAAUAUUCAAACAGCCCAUCUUAAAAUCGAGGCUUCAUGUAGAUUUGCAUCGCAACUGGAAAUUACCCCAAUCCUGCGCACACUAAAAGAUGAGACAACAUAUCAGCUAAAUUAAUGUACCUGUCAAACUGGAGUAUCGAUGUAAAUUUUCUUAGGAAGAUGGGUAUGAGAGCCCCCAUCUUCAAACUCUUAAGGAGCUUCCAUUGCUUAUCAGGACAAGUUUGGCACUCUGCUUGAAUGUUGUGGAACGCUGUUGUUCUUCUGACUUUAUAACGGUGAUGGGGAUUUCUUUGACAUAAAGUUGGGGGCUAGCGGAAGUCAGAUUGAGGACUAAAUUAGACUAGCUAAUGUCAGAUUCAUCACUGUGAACCAAUCUGAGAAAACAUAUGCUGCUGAAAUGUUAUAUUAGAAUAUGUACAGUUGUAUAUUUUUGGUAAAAGUGAAUUGUGUAAUCUAUGGGGUGGGGGCCACUUGAACAUUACCAUCUGGCAAAACACAAGGCUUUUCUCUGCUUCUUUGGAUAGAAUAACUCCAUAAACUGCCCCUACACAUGAAUGGACUGCUGUUAUAGGAAACUGUUAUGCAUAGAAAUACUUCUUUGCUGGAGAACUUGCACAACUGUUACAAUGAAUAAAGUGAAGAGAACCUGG